AGGUUUCUCGCUCCGUCGUUGGCAUCGCGCAUGUAAAUCCCGACGAGCGUGUGAGAUAAUGAAUAUAGAUGGUAGAUGUUAAUCCAGAGUGAGCGGAGAUACAAAUUUUGACUUUUUUUUUUCUCGAGUACCUUCAUUCUUCGAAAUGGGUACCGUUGAGUAUGGUUUUCCGACGAUAGGCGGUUUGAUGCCGCAAAUACAAGCUCUGAUAGCACCGCCGGUGUCUGAAGAUUCUAAAGCGGCUAAAGCUAAGAAGGAAAAAGAGGAGAAGAAACAUCCGUACUUCAAGAGACGAGGUCGUGGUCACAAUCGUGAUUUCUGCGAUGCUUGCAAGGAUGGAGGAGAGCUCAUAUGCUGCGACAGAUGCCCGGCUUCUUAUCACUUACAAUGCCACUAUCCUGCAGUAGACCCAAUGGACAUUCCCAAUGGAGAAUGGUUGUGUUAUACCUGUAGUUGUGCAGCUAAGAGAGAAAUCAUGGAUAACAAAGGAAACGAUAAGAAAAAAAAGAUGUCUGCUUUGGAAAUAUUGGCACUUGCGGCCUCCUUAGUAAACCCCAGGGAAUUUGAAUUGCCUAAAGAAUUACAGUUACCUAUAAUGUUCCCCGGUAGCAAUAAGAUAGAUUAUGUGUCCGGCAGAAGAGGCAAACAGCUAAGUUCGUCAUGCAAUAAUGUUGGGAAAAGUCAUUGUUUGGACAGCAACUUGAUGGUUCCGUUGCCGGCUCGCUUGUGCUUUGAAUGUGGACGCAGUUGCAGGAAAGCCCCGUUAAUUGCGUGUGAUUACUGUCCGCUGUAUUUUCAUCAGGAUUGCCUGGAUCCACCGUUGACCACCUUUCCUAUCGGUAGAUGGAUGUGUCCCAAUCAUCCGAACCACUUCAUAGAUCAAAAUCUACUGACAUCGUGUAGAGUGACAGAACGCAUAAAACUGUGGGACAAAUACGCCAAUCAGAGGAUAGACCAGCAUGCGGUGAAACUGGAUUUCUUGCGUAAAGCGCGCGCCGCUAAUCCGUUGUUUCGCACGAAAGUAAGAUUGGAGGGUCGUCCGAGGGUAAAAGUUCCUAGCGUUAUAAAGUAUCAUUACGAGAACCCGUCGAAAUUGGAGUCGAUGCAUUUGAAUCAAAAUACUGUCAUACUGCCUGCGAGGAAUACAGCGAGCAGAGAUGAACAACACACAAAUUCCGAGCGAACGCAUAAUAGCAAGGAUAAUUAUGAAUUGGAAGAUAAGAAAACCGAAGAGAUCAGUCGAGCAAGAGUGGAAACAGUGGAAAAUGAUGUAACCGCGGAUAAAGAGAGUCAUCGGGAGAAACAGUCGGAUGCGAAUGAAUGCGCGGAUAAAGUGGGAAGUGAUACUUCUAGGGCGUACAAUCUCGAAUUUCACUCGAGACAUUACGAUUAUGAUGUUAAGGAAGGUGUACAGCUGUUAGAGAGGCCGGUGUUAGAGGCAUUAGCGCAACAAAGAUUAGAGCAAAUAAUGAAUCCCGACGGUGAAUAUUACAAAACAGUAAAUCGUCAUAGAAAUGUCAGAGCCGUAUUAUUUUCUUUAAACUCCAAACCUAGCCCGCCGGCUUUCAUGGCUCACAGAACUUUCGUUAUUGGUAACGGCCCGAACUGUGAUUUGGUUUUGUCCGAUUAUGGUAAUUGUGGUUUCACAUCUUCUAAACAUGCGAUUAUAUUUUUCGACGAGAUGACGAAACGUUACGAAUUACUCAAUUACAGCGAAUACGGGACAAUAGUGGACAAUGUAUUGUAUUGUUCCAAUUAUACACGCGUCGCAGAAAGUGAUUCGAAAGACGAGAGGGAUGACAAAGUGACGUACGUCACUAAAGAGGACGAGACGUCCGAGAUGAUAAAAACUAUCUUAUACAAAGAAGAAGCAGUUUCUCUGCAGCAGCAGACUCAUGGAGUCCACAAACUCUCAUGCAAAUGUAACAGAAGGCGCGAGAUUGCAGUUAACAAGCAUCCAGAGGAGGGGUGGGAAGGUAGCGCAAUUGUCGCGCACGGUUCGACCAUUAGUUUCGGCUGUCUCAUAUUUAUAUUUAAUACGUCAGGCACAUAUGUAGAUAGAUGAAAUUCCAUAUUGUAAAUAUUCGACAUUGUAAAAAUAGUUUUAUAUAAAUCAGUAACAAAUUAA